CAGCGCCAACACUAAUUGUCAAGUGACGUUGCAAAAGCCAAAUAGUGGGCAAAUCCGGUGAAUCUGGAUGGGUAAGAAAGAAAAGAAUGAGAAAGCAAAAGAACGAAGAGAAAAUAGAUUGCAAGAGAUACAGCUUUUAAGAUCCAUUCCUUAUUCCGAUCAACAAAGGUGGUGGUCAAAGGAAACUAUAGCUGUGGUUACCGGCGGAAACAGAGGAAUUGGGUUUGAGAUUUGCAGACAACUUGCUACUCAUGGAUUGACUGUUAUACUCACAUCAAGAGAUGCUGGUGCUGGUACAGAAUCAAUUAAGGUUUUGCAAGAAAGUGGUUUUGAUGUGGUUUACCGUCAACUUGAUAUAGUCGACGAUUCAUCCAUCAACCAAUUCGUCGAGUGGUUGCAGGAAAAUUACGGUGGUUUAGAUAUUCUUGUAAACAAUGCUGGUGUUAAUUUCAAUCUUGGGUCUGAUAACUCUGUUGAAAAUGCUUACAAGGUUAUCAAAACAAAUUAUUAUGGCAUUAAAAAUUUGACUGAAGCUCUUAUUCCAUUGAUGAAACCAUCUGUUGUUGGUGCUCGAAUAGUAAAUACAAGCUCGCGUCUAGGUCGACUAAAUGGAAGACGAAAUAGAAUCAGCAAAGUAGAAUUGAGAGAACAACUGAGUGAUGUCGAGUUUCUUUCAGAGGAACUGAUUGACAGAACUUUAUCUUCAUUUUUACAACAAGUAGAAGAUGGAAGUUGGACAUCAGGUGGGUGGCCUCAAAUAUAUACCGAUUACUCAGUAUCGAAACUUGCUGUUAAUGCUUAUACAAGACUUAUGGCAAGGAAGCUUUCAGAGCGACCAGAAGGUCAAAAGAUUUAUAUUAACUGCUAUUGUCCGGGUUGGGUAAAGACAGCUCUCACAGGUUUUGCAGGGAACAAUACUGUUGAGGAAGGUGCUGAUACUGGAGUCUGGCUUUCCCUUCUGCAUGACCAAACAGUUAUGGGAAGUUUUUUUGCUGAGAGACGGGAAAUUAACUUUUAACAGUUUUGUCAAAGUGCGGCGAUGAACUGUUCCAUGGGGUUAUGGUAUAGUAAAAUUUGUGUGCGCAAUGGCAUAGCGGAGUUUAUGGCAGCUGUCAUUGGCUGCAGCAACUAUUGUAAUUGUCAUGCCAUAUAUCAAGGUAAGGAAAGAAAUAUGUAAAUCUGUCUGUUGGCAUUAGUUUGAUAGCAGGUUCAAAGUUUCUUUGUAGCAUAUAAUUAUCAGUGGAAAGCUAAUUCUAUUGAAUUUUAUAUGCUUUAAUGUUGUAAUAGCAAUUUUAUCAUUGACUGGGAAUGAUUUUUUUUAUAGAAAUUAUUAAUUAGUAUCCAUUACUAUAUAUCUUUUAUAUGGGGUUACAAAUAAUGGUUAGAAGUUAACAAAUCUUGUGUUAGUUAAAGAAUAAGUCAGAAAUAAGUUAAAGAAAAACAUAUACAGUUGGCUACAGUAUUAUUAUUUUUAGAACAAAAACCAAGAAUAAGAAAGUCACAAAUGUGUAUCCAUAUGGUUUCACUCCUAAAAUGACUACACUGGUUUGUCUGGAAGUUAACUUCUAGAAACUAGAAACUAUUACUUGCAGAAAAAUCUGCACUUCAAUAUGCAAGAAGUGUUGAAUAUUAACAAAAACUUCAGGUAUUUUUGCAGGUUUAAGAAAAUCAGCUACUUUCUUGGCUGUAUCUGCGAAUUUUUCUCUGCAAGAAAUCUUAAUGUUAGGAAGUGAACUUUUGGGUGCACCCUUCACCAUGAUGAAAGGGGGUUGUCUGGGAGUUAAUUUUCAAAUAUUAUUACCUGUGGAUUCUCUGCAGGUAUAUAUGCAAGAAAUGUUAAUUAUUAGUAAGUGGAGUUUGCUAUGAAAAAUUUUAGGUGUGCAUCCGGAACAUUACUUUCAGAUGUCGCGAAUGAGCAUUUUUGGAUUUUAUAGGAUUUGAGGAAAACAAAUAAGAUUGUAUUGAGCAACCCCAAACCAAGAAAUUCUUAUAUAAUAGUAUAUUAUGAGCCAUAUUAAGUUGAAAUUGGUUUAAAAUUACAAUGAGUGAUUUUCCGCAAGGGAACCAUAAUGGAUUGGUGAUCAAAGGACAUGGAUUGUAACGGUGGACAUGAGAUUGGACAUGAGAUUUCGAUGCGGUGAAGAGUGGUUGACCUGCAAGAUUAACACUUCAACUUCCAAAUCAGUAUGAGAGUAAAAUGAGUGAAUGAAGUUUGAAUUCAAAUUGUAUCAAAGAUAUGACAUGUUUCCCUUUAUAUAGUAGGAUAAUCUUAGCAACUUGCUAAUCUUUUAAGCAUGGAAUGUGGAGAUCCU